AAAACUUGAUGCCGUGUUAGAGUCAAAGUUUUUAAAUUGUGCUUCAUAUGGUAAGUUACGAAUGCCUCACACAACCGCUGGAGCACGAGAUAACACCACUAGAGUUAUCAGUACUUUAGUCAUUUCUGAUUAUCCUAUCAGUGGAACAUAUUUUCUCCGUGUACUAGUGGCGCUGUAGCAGGAGACUCACCCAACGCCAUCGCAAAAACAAAAACAUCAAAAGCGAGUGUUAUGGAGCAGCAUUUGUUCUUGGUCAGUGUCACCACGUUAUUCUGUUAUCUGACAGUGGUGGCGUUAGGGAAGUAACCGUAGCUGGCAGUUCUCGUUGUAGGUGGGAAAACUUCAGCUGGCUAAUCCGGGACGUUGAUACAUUUACCCGCCCUCAUACCACUAACAAGUGACUAAAUCACCGUCAGGUCGACGUUGUGCUGCUUCGAGCCUAACAAGGUGUUUAUAUUAUUGUUAUUCACUAUAGUGAAGAACAUCUAGAGUUCGACGUAUAUUACUAACAUACACCUUCACAGGUUCAGUGAUGCAGUGUACUAUUUUCAUGGGAACAGUUCCGUGUGCAGUGCUAAAGCGAUUAAUUCAGUGUAUCUGAACAUUAGGAGUUCCAGUGAAAGGAUAAGGCAUUAAAUUUAAGCGUGUCCCUAUGUUUAUACUUCUUAGUGCUUUCACCAGUACCAUAAAAGAAAAGUGAAACUCAGUCAAAUAUUUUCUCACACGUGUGUUUGACACAUUAUUGUAAAUAGUAUUAAUAAGAAUACUAAUGAUUUUAAACCCUACCAAAAGUUUCUGCGAGUGUCAUCAUAGCAACAUUUGCAGAGUGGAAUAAGCAUCAGGUGAGCAAAUUAACGUUUCAAAGCCCAACUGAUCGAGUAACCUUCACUUUUGGAACCCACAGGGUCUGGAGAUCCAUAACCUCAAAACUCACCCCCAAGAGCUCUCAGGCCAGACCGUGGGAAGGGCCCCUCAUUUCCGCUUCAUUAGACAGCUUACUCUUCACAGUGACUAGUACCACCAUUAAGAAGCCAGCACCUUCGCCGAAGAGCUCACAUCUUCGCAUCGGGGCCCGCAUCUCUGCCCCUAAGUGCCCACACCUUCCUGAAGGAACCAGCUAACGCCUCCAAUAGUACACACAUCGCUGACUACCUUGUCUCUACCUAUUCAGUUAAGCAGUAAACUCCAGAAUGAGUGAAGAGGAGAUAUCGUUGGUACAGAGUGCCCUGGCAGGGGACUCCGCCAGGGUGAACGAAGCGCUUGAGAGCGGCGUAGCAGUGGACACGACUGAGCGUGGACGGACAAGUCUCCACCACGCUGCCGUCGAGGGCCACCUCGAUGUAGUCAAGGUCCUGCUCAACUGGAAAGCUGACGUCAACAAGAGGAGCAAAGCAGAGGAUGACAAUGGAGGAACACCACUGCACUUGGCGGCUGAGGAAGGUCACGCAGAUAUCAUGGAGCUGUUGGUGUCUGCUGGAGCAGACGCUGAAGCUAUCGACCUCAAAGGGCGGCGUGCGAGUCACAGGGCAGCAUCGAGGGGACAACUGGAGGCGCUGCAGCUUCUUCAGGAGAUCGGGUGUGACCUUAACGCAAGAGACAACGGGAAAGCCACACCCAUCCACCACGCCGCCUACUUCGGCGACCUCGACGUUGUCAAGUGGCUCUCGGAGAGCGGGGUGUACCUGGUUCUCAAAGACAAGAAUGGUCGCUUGGCCAAAGACGUGGCUAAGAAGUACGGCCAUAACAACAUACAUCGCUUCCUCAAGGAGAGCGCCAGCAAGAAAGGCACGUUUGGGACAGCAAAGGCUCGUAAGAGUAUGCGAGAUUCUUCGAGCCUUCAGCGACCCGUCCACCGACCGAGACCAAUGGUCGUGUCGGUGGACUCAGUCAAGAGCUCCCCACCAGCCACGGAGCAGGAAAAACAGAUGCAGCCAGACCUCAAUGAUACAGGCUCGUCACACGUGGAUCAGCACGUGGAUAGCACGUCGAUGGUGUCCUCGACGCGGAAGCACUCAACGGAGGAUGCCAGGCCUGCAGAGGGUUCACUCACUCCUCCCGACUCUCCAUUGAGUCGCAUGAUGGAAUCUAGGGUAGUACCAGAGCCGAGGCGCCGCACGUGGAGUUUGAGGUCCUCGAGAGGCAGAUCCAGUCUGAAGAGUCAGGUGGACGAACUCAUCGACGUCAAGGAGAGACACGAGGAGGAACUUCAGUGCCGGGACGAGGAGAUCACUCGACUGAAAAACAACUUUAGCCGGUUAGAGAACGAGAAGGUACUGGUGGAGGAGCAGCUGAGAGAGACGCGCCUUCACGUUGAUCACCAACAGAAGCAGCUGGCGGAGACGGUGUCCCUUCAGCAGCAAAUCCAGCAGCUCGCCCUGCAGAACGACGAGUACCAGAGUCAGCUGAACCAAAAUCAGAGCGAGGAGGCAAAGGUGCUGGAGCGAGAAGCUGUCAACAAACACACCAUUGAAACCCUCAAGAGGGAGGUGGAGCGACUCUCCCUUCAACUGAGAAGCAGCAAAGAAAACCUCUUGCAGACUCAGGAAGCUCUCCGUCAAGCUGAAGUCAAUAGCUCCUCCACCUUCCAAAUCGAGUCCCUUCAGAAGGAAAUAGAACAUCUUACUUGCAUGUUGAGCGAAACGGGCCAUAGGGCGCUCAGUAAUCAGGAGAAGAUGGAGCAGAAGAUUGCUACACUAAAAGAAAGAGAUGAAAGCCACACAAGUGUCAUAGAGGAGCUAACAGAGAAGAUAUCAGCACUGGAGAAGCUUGAAGAAGCUAACAAAAACACCAUAGUUGUGUUGUCUGAAAAGCUAAGAGAAGCUGAAGCAAGGGCUCGCAGCGACCAGAUCAAGCUGAGGGUAGCUGAAGAAAAGGCUUCUGUCGAUCAGGUAAACACAAGAGGAAAGACUGAAGGAGUGAUAGAACAGGAUGCCACAAACAAAGCGACCAUUGCCUCACUCUCCGCCCAAAUGAGCCAACUGGCGGAGCAAGACGACUCCAGCAAGGCUACCAUUGCCUCCCUCUCCGCUAAGGUGCAGCAGAUGACUCAGACCAUCGGUGAGAGGGACAACAAGACACUUGCCGUCCACAAGCAGCAACAGGCCAGGAUAGAGGAGUUAAUAGAAGAGAACGAGUCAAAACAGAAGACGAUCUCAGCUCUUACAAUGAACCUUGAUCAACUUAAUCAGAAACUUAAGGAGCGCCAGGAACACACUGCCUGGUAUCAGAACAAGUUGAAGCAGAAAGAGAAGGAGGUGGAGGAGAGAGACUACACCAUCACCGGACUUCAGCAGGAGGUGGAUGAUCACUCAAGGCUGCAAGAAUCCGAACAACAGAAGACUCCUUUCAGUCAGUAUGAGCGUGGAGGCACUAUGGUAGCACUACAGAAGCAAGAGGCGGCCAACAAGCAAACAAUCAAGGCCUUGGAGAACAGACUUCACCACCUGACCACUAAGAUGAAGGAUAGUGAAAAGGCUUCCCUCGAUGUUCAGCGGGAGCAGCUCGACACCAUCGCCUCGCUCAGAAAGGAAUUGGAACAACUUAAACAAAAGGAGAAGUCUGCUGAUGCACAGACUCACGACGACCCAGAGGUGCAUGACCUGAUGGAGGAGAAUCUGCAGAAGUCACUGGUCAUUGAGGCGCUCAACAAGAAGGUCGACAAACUCAACGAAGAACUCAAAAAGAACUUCAUGAAUUUCUCCUCCUGGCAGACUCAGCAGCAGGAGAAGGACAGAGAGGCAGAGCAGCGGGAAGCUGAGAGUCACCACACCAUCACCUCCCUGAGGCAGGAGCUGGACCAACUCACACAGGAGCUCGCCAGGGCCCAGCAGCAGCAGCAGCAGCAGCAACAACAGCAGAUGAAUGAGCAGCAUGCCUCCACAUCUAAUAGCUACUCCAGUCUCCCCCAUCAUCAGGUGAAUCACACCGCCCACACCAACAGAUACCAACCCAGGAACUUUAUCAAAUAG